AAGUUUAGAUAUGGAAGGUUACUACAACAAAUUAGCCAAGAGGACUGCAACAUGGGCUGUGUUACAAAGUAGCCUUUCAAGAGAAUAAAAAAAAAACAAGCCUUUCAUCAGAAACGCAACCAGGGUCGCUGCAGAGACGCUUUAUGAACACUGAGCAGAGAUGGGUGAUGUGAGUGAAGAGUCGCUGCUGGAUUAUUUCUACUCCACCGGAGGCAGCUCAGGCAGAGUCAAAAAUGCAGAUAUACUGAAGAAAUUUAAGCCCUUUAUUGGCCACAGUGACUUGCAAUUGCGUGCUAAAUACAGAGAGGAAUUCAAGCUGAUCAUUGACCGAAUCGCUGUGGUGAAGUCAGAGAAUGGUGAGAAGUAUCUGGUCCUAAAGAAGAAAUAUAGGCAAAUGCUGCAUGAACGAGAUAGCAAACAUCAGUGGACGGACGGGGACGGACAGAGACAUUCGAACCCAGGCAGAGCUCCGGCCACUGUACAAUGGGACGCGACGGAGGCCUCGACUUCUUCUCAACAGGAUGAGCCGAUGUCAUGCGGAGAGCCUGACAGUGCUGCAGAGGACCAGCAGAGAGGAACGGCCCUCACGCAGCACGCUCUGAUGCAACUUCCUGCAAUCCCAACCCAGGAACCUCCGGCACAAAGCAACAGGGACGAUGAGCUGGACAAAGAUUCGGGGUCAAAGUCUGAGUCCGAGCAAGACGAGGAGUCUACGGGCAGUAUGGGCUCCGCUGCUGUCGCUCUGGAUCCUAUAGAGAAGGAGUGGAUCUACUCCGCUGCAGGUGCUCGAGUCCCUAACCUCUCUCAUCUGCUCAGACAGGACCCCUCGCUGGCAAACAAGAAGGACUUUACCUCAUUUACAGCUCUGCACUGGGCUGCCAAACAUGGCAACCAGGACAUGGCCGCUCUGGUGGCUAAUGCGGGUGCUGAUGUCAACACCAAAUCAGUGAGUGGAUACACACCUUUACACAUCGCAGCGUUACAUGGUCAUCGGCAUAUUCUAGACCUGCUCAUUGUGACAUAUGGGGCCAAAGAAAACUUAAGGGACUACAGCGGCCACUUUGCCUGCCAUUAUCUGAACAUCAAAGAACCAGAGGGUCCAGAGGAAGACUGCGACCUGCAGUUUCAAGUCACUCAGGCCAGAGAACGGAACAGGAACAGAAAGUUGGCAUCGUUGUUUCACUCCAAGAAAAAGUGGGGCUCGGCAGAGGAGCUGGCUCCGAUAGAGGAGGAGAGGACGGCGUCACAUCAGCUCGCCGUUCCUCCAUUCAGACCCAGAAAAUUCUCCCGCUGAGUAAAAAAACGACAGCGGGGACGAUUUCUGUCUCUGCUAGGUUUCCUACACUCACACAUCCACUUAAACCUUACAUGCAUGUAUAAUUACACAUGAUGAUAACCUACGUGUAUAUACAAUGGAAGUGUUAUAUGUGUGUAUUUGUUAUGUACACAUAUAACACUUACACUUAAACUGUUUAUAUUGAAACUUAAAAGACACGAUUACAUGUGAACAGCUCAUCCCAGCUUACUGAACUCCGAUGCUUUAACAUUGAAAAGAAGGUGUUGCAGAUGAUGCUUUGCUUAUACUCGUGCUAGCAAUAUUUAUGCUUACCAUAAAAGUAUUUCUUGAAGGGUUUACAUUUUAAUGAAUGUUACUUAUGCCUUACUUUUUCUAAUGAGCUCAGGCCACAUAGAUUCUUUAAGCUUGUCAUCUUCUUUUGUUUGCGUUAAAGACAACAAGUAGACAAUUGGACUGCAAAGAUUUCGCAGACCAAAUGAUUAAAAUAAGCUUGUCUUGGCCUAUUACAAAUAAUUUGUACUUGCAGAACAUUUUCCUUUACAUACCACAAGUUGUUUGACAGAUUUCUUUUUUACUCAGUUGUUAAUUUAGAUUCAUGUCAAUAUGGCAUCUGACUCAAUUUGCAGAGACAAUAUAUAGUGAAAAUGUUACAUUUGUAUUGAAUUAAUAAUUAUAAAUUCACAAUUACUCUGUAAACAAAGGGAUUUUACCAGCACAAAUCUCAAAAUUUUAUUUGGAUUUACUGAAAAUAAAACCUCUUAAGAACUAAAUUUACCAUUAAUAAAUAACAAAGACAAAGCAUAAAGAAUUUAAGAUAGUGUACCCUUACCACUUAAUGGAAUCAUUUUCAUUAUUUUUGCAUUUAAUCGUUUUUGCCGAAAAAAUACAAUUAUCUGAAAGGGAAAGUAAAAAAAUUAAAUAUAAAUCUGUGGUGAGGAAAAGAUCCUCCCGUGUGCUCCCCCCCAAAAAGUCAGAAUGGCCUCCCUCAAGCAAUAAGAAGAAAAAAAACAACCCUCCCCCUUUUCUGACCCACCUCCCUAAUCAUUUUUGUAAAGUCCCUUAUGACAAUGAAAUCUUGUUGAUUGUUCAACUCCAACAGCUGAAUUUGUGAUGCAUUUGAACACUUUUUUUAUUUGUUUUCACCAGGUUUGUGUUUUUGUGCUUAUUGUUUUUUUUGUUCCUAGUAGUUUGUGAAUGCAGCACUGCAUGGCAGCAAAGUUGUAUUUCUCCAUGAAUGAAUGCACUAGCAAUAAACCCUGCUCAAAUAUUUAUGAGACAAUAACAUUAAGGAAACAGAAAAAUGGAUAAAUCUACAUAUAGGCAUGCCCAUUAAUAAAAUGUUACAUGUUUGUUGCAAUUAAUUAGCUAUUUCAAGCUAGAUUUAGUUACAAGGUAAAUUUUACACAGACUGUAAUCGGGACAGUGGCUUCUUGGAAGGAAGCAAAUUAGUGUUUAAAGUAACACUACGCUUUGCAAAAUGUAAAGACAGUAAAGUGUUUGCAGUUUGUAAUUAAUGGGCUACAUACAAAUCCAUAAGUGUUAAUCUGACCCAAGAGACAUUUCAGAGUAACAUAAGGACAUUUUUUCUUUUUUCACUAUUGAUACAGUUCAGUGUUUUGACUAAGUUAGAGUUUUGUCUGCCACAGUCGGUAUAGACUCUAAAAGUCUGUUAUGUCCCAGCUGGUUUGUAUCAGGCUAUAACAGUCAUGUUGCAGAUCAUCUGUUCUUCCCAUUUUUUGUCAUGAUUCAAGAUGUUUAAAACUGACUGGAGUUUUAAUUUCUUAA